UUCUUUCCCCCUUUUUUAUGCAGUUCAACUCGGGUUAAGUGUGUAGUAUAUAUAUAAGAAGGAGCGUCCAACCGAGCCAGAGAUAGACGCGUAACCUCCUCAGAAGUCUUGCCUCUCUCUGUCUCCAAGACAGGGAACUCAGAAGUUGAUCAAGGAUGGAGAUAAGACUAAGAAGCCCACGCCAGUUCUACCUGCUGCUUCUGCUGGCGAUCUGUGCAGCAGCAGCAGCAGACAGGAACGGACGCCCCGGGAACAAGCGAAACGACGGCCCUAUACGAUUCGGGUCGCCGUUCCCUGUAGGAGGAGGACCUUUCCCAGGACCCAUCUCAGGAGCCAUCCCAGGUCCUAUCCCAGGAGCCAUUCCAGGACCCAUCCCAGGAGCCAUUCCAGGACCCAUCCCAGGAGCCAUCCAAGGACCCAUUCCAAUCGGCGGCGGCGGUCAGAGAUACUCACCUUUCGGAACGCCGCUCGUAAGGGGCGUUGGGGCCCUUCCUCCUCAUGGGUUACCCAUACCCGGCCUACAGCCCCAGCUACCUCCUCCUUAUUCCUUAGUCCCGCCUCCAAUGGGUAGAACCCUCGGCGGCCCAGGCCUUAAUCCCAUACAUCCCCCUCUGGGAGGGGGAGCUUUUGCAGCGCCUCCGAUCCAUCUUCACUAUCCCAUGAACCAUGGGGCGUCACCCUUCCUGUCUCUUCCUGGGCAUCACCAAGGGCCCGUGGUGCCAUUCAGCACGCCCCUGCAGCAGCACUUGAGCAAACCCAUCCAGCCGUCGCAGCCGCUCGUCAAUUCUCUAAGCCACAGCGCGGCGCCUGAUCUCAAAGAAGGGAAGGUCUGUCACGACUGCGACGUUGGUAAGCAUUCUACUCACUUUAAGGUACACGAUGGCGGACCCGUCCGUCAGGUUGUGACCAGCAGCCACUCUCUCCACGCAAGCUCACAGAUCCCUGGGAGUUUUCCCGACCUGGGCAUCGGUAACUUCGCAGGCGGGGCACACGACGGAGUGGGUACCGCUGCCGUAAGUAGCACUCAUGGCGGGUUUAUACACGGUGGAAGCAGUGACCUACUAGGCUUCGGGGCGCGAAUCCCAGGCGCAAGCCCCGGUGUCAGCAGCGCUGCGAGUCCGUUUGGAGAAAACGCUUUUGGCAGCGGUUUCGGCGGAGGUGGUCCUCAUUCGGGGGGACAUGGAGGCGGCUUUGGAGGAAGCCUACAUCCUGGAGGUGGCUUUGGAGGAAGUCCGCAUCCUGGAGGUGGGUUAGGGACUGCUGGAGGAGGAGGCGGAGGAACUCCUCUUGUCGUGGACGAUGGAAGGAGCAGUUACUCGUUCAUCUAAGGCAAAGUUUCCAGGGCGCACUCAUCGACGUAUUCGUCAUCUUCAGGGGGCAUGUCACGUGUAAUGCAAAUCAAAGGUAUAUGUAUAUUUUUUUAAUAAAACGUUCAGCACAUCA